AUGCUGUUGCAGCGUCGUCUGGGUGAACGCCUUCAGACGGAGUACCGCAGCGAUACUGUGGCAGCCCACGGCAUGUUUGCCUUUUACGCACUGACGUUAAGCCACGUGAAAAAGUGGGAGGUGAUACGUGCUGCAGGAGCCAUGGGCGUACCACUUUCGGAGAGAACGCUCUCGCUGGCGGUGGAGGUGUACGCGCGGGAAAAGGGCCUGCGCUGCGGUCCUAAAACUGUGACGACCUUCGCCUCGUUUUUGGCGCGUGAUGGCACGGUAUGCCACCUGCUCUUUGUGUUGCUUCGGGCAAAAAAAAACGAGCUCCUGCCAGAGUUUCAGGGCCUGCCACGGACCGUCUUUAGCGAGGCGGAGCAGGCAGACAUUUUGCAUUGUGUGGCGAGGCGUGCCCGUCAGGACGACGGAUUCCGCGCAGCCAUUCCCCUUCUCCGUGCACUUGUGCAGGAGGACGACCCGCGAUGUUUCUUCCAGGCCCUUACCCGCGCUGUUCGCGCCACCGAUACCAAGGGCAGCGGUGGAGGUGAUAGCGUUGCGGGUAAAGGGGUGGCCCCGACGCACACGUCAAGCGACGAGCUAAGCCUGCAAGUUUUAGUGGCCUCUGUCCAGGGCCUACUGCGUGAGGUGGACACGCUGGAGAGGGCGAGCAGGAGGGGAACACCUAGUGGGGGGGCCGCCAUGACAAUUCGGGCCUCGGUGAAGGAGGACGCACGGGGGGCGGAGCUGCAGAGUCUGGACGAGAGCGAUAUCCCCGCGGGUGUGCGGGAACUUGCACGCAUGCACCUUCUCGAGGAGGCGGCACAGUCUAACAGAGCUGCGCGGCUUCGUACGGCGUGGGUAAAUCCGGACGGCACUUUCUGA